UAAAGCCCUGGUUAGAGAAGAGGAAGAGAGAAAGAGUUAAUGGCACCUCGGCCGUUGGCUUCUCAGUCUUCUCUUUGCCCAUCUUUCUCUCCCUCCAACUGUUCGUAUAUAGUUGAAGGCCUAGAGGAGGCGAAGCACCAAAUAGCUAGUUUAUGUCCUCCAAAUUCCCACAAGUGGAGGAUGGUCAUAGCCUAUGAUGGCACAAAUUUCUCAGGCUGGCAGUACCAAGCAUCACCACCAACUAUACAAUGCUUCGUAGAGAAAGCACUAAUGCAAACAACUAAGCUAGACCGCAAGGAGCUUUGUCUUGUUGGUGCAAGUAGAACAGAUGCUGGUGUUCAUGCUUGGGGUCAGGUAGCACACUUUGUUACGCCUUUUACCUAUGAUGACGGGCUAGAAAGUCUUCAUGCUGCUGUCAAUGGGCUUCUACCCUCCACAAUUAGAGUCCGAGAAAUUAGCCCUGCGAAACCUGAGUUUCAUGCUCGUUUCUCCACAAUAAGCAAAAUUUAUCAUUACAAGAUAUAUGAUAAUCCAGUCAUGGAUCCUUUUCAAUAUCGAUAUGCCUGCCAUAGUGCUUAUAAACUCAAUCCCGUUGCUAUGCGAGAAGCUGCAGCAUAUUUCGUGGGGAAGCAUGAUUUCACCUCUUUUGCUAAUUCAAUACGCAACAAUCAUGUGCGAGAUCCUGUGAAAGAAAUUUUCCGGUGUGAUGUCACAGAAAUGGAUUCUCUUCUGCAGCUUGAAGUUGAGGGAACUGGUUUUUUAUACAAACAAGUCAGAAACAUGGUAGCUUUGCUGAUUCAAAUUGGAAAAGAGGCACUUCCACCUGAUAUCGUACCUAAGAUCAUCGCUGCUCGAGAUCGCAGAGAGCUUGCGAAGGUGACACUCCCGGCUCCACCUCAUGGACUAUGUCUGAUGUCUGUUAACUAUGACCAUGAACUUCUUCAACCUCCUGCAAAUUUCCCACCUAUUAGUUUCGGAAGAAUUCAUACAAUCAGUAGAUGUAAGCUUUGGCAUUAUUAGCAGACGAGGUACCUCAACGGAAAGCAAUCCAAUUUUGUUCGAUUAUUCAUCUUGUUAUCUUAGUUUCUUGCCUCUGUACUUUGAUCCAGUUUUAAUUAAGGCGGUUUACAAAUGUAGUUUCCUUGUGCUGCUGUAAUAAGAUUGUAUAUUUGUUUUUUUGUUUUUUCCCCCUCUCAAAUAUGUUCCAUUUAACUCCGAUGUCACAAGCAUUAUGGACCUAACUUCUAACUGCAAAAUGAAAGCAAGGAUUUUUUUUUAA